UACAUUGUAGCUUUAAACAUUUUACGGCAGUUAUAAAUUUGAAUAAAUCCCUUGUUACCCAGUUAUCAAAUCGAGAAGUAUUAAUAUCAAAAUUUUAUCUAAACCGCACCUUUAAUUCGAUAUAAAACUUAUUACUUUUUCUUAUCAUAACAGUACUCAAAAUGGAUUUAAAGGAGAAAGUAGCUAUAGUAACAGGAGCGAGUUCCGGUGUAGGAGCAGCAACAGUAAAAGCUUUAUUAAAGCUCGGAAUGAAGGUUGUUGGAAUUGCAAGAAGAAAAGAAAAGAUUGAGGAACUCCGUCAAAACUCCAAUGAUAAAUUGUUUGCGUUAAAAGUCGAUCUUAGAAAUCCGGAAGAAAUUUUAGACGGUUUUAAGUGGAUCGAGAAAAACGUUGGACUGAUUCAUGUUUUAAUCAAUAAUGCCGGAAUUGGAAUACCGACACCAAUCAUAAAUGGCAACAUCGAUUCUUGGAAAUCGGUUUUAGACACCAAUUUCGUUAGCGUGGCGAUCACGUGUCGUGAAACAAUUCGAAUUAUGCAAGAAAAUAACAUCCAAGGUUAUAUAAUCAAUAUAGGCAGCGUAUGUGGACGAUAUGACGCUGAGGGAAGUAUCAGAGGAAGUGUUUUUUAUGCUUCGUCUAAACACGCCUUAAUGACAUUAACUGAAAAUAUAAGGCUUGAAUUGGCUAGGAGUAACUCUAAAAUACGAAUUACGAAUUUAAUGCCGGGAGUUAUCAGAACUGGAUGGUUACAAGCGAACGGAUUUAAAACUGAUGAUAUCGAGAAAAUUUAUUCGGAAUUACCCUAUUUAUCUGGAGAGGAUAUAGCUGAAACAAUUUUAUAUUUACUAUCUACUCCUUUACAUGUUCAUGUCACAGAGUUUGUUGUUAGACCUAUAGGAGAAAAUUUUGAAAAUAUUAUGAAAACGUUAAAAAGAGCAUAGAGAUUUAUAA